UAAUUCCUUGUUUGCGCUUAUAAUUCAUAUUUUGUCCGUACUUGUCGCUGAAGUUGCUUAUAUCGAUCUCUUGCCUCUCUAUGCCAUAUAAGGGAGUGAUGCUGUAAAAAUACUACUAUAUACAUGUAAAUAUUUGACACAUGUUAAUAUAUAAUUUUUCAAAAUAGUUGGUUCGAAAUAGUUAAUAGCUUUUUUUUUUAAUAUUUACGUUAUCUACAUGAUAAUAUUUUUAUAAAUUACUAAACUAAUAAAUCAGGAAUCGUACAGAUAUGACGUAACCUCAAAUUUUCGAGGCAUCAUUAUAAAGGUAAUGUUGGGAAUUAAACAAUUUUUUUUGUUUUAAUUUCUCCUAUACAAAUAUAAUUUAAAUUAAUAAAUUAAGGAAAUGAAAUCAGUUUCAGAUGAUCUCCCUUAAAACGUUAGCAAAAAUUGCUAGUAUUACUGGUUUUGUAGUAGCUGGAAUGGGAUAUGCAUUUCGCUUCAAAUUACAGAAUGAGCUUCGUGAAAUUGAACUGUAUAAAGAUGGAAUGCAAUAUUUAUACAAUCAUCCAAAAGCAUUAGAUUUAUUAGGAAUUCCAAUACAAGAAAAAAGAGUGAAUAUAAGUGAUGAGAAAAAAAAUGGAUCAGAGAAAAAUAUUACUUGGCUUACAGUUCCUGUCAAGGGAUCUGAAAAAUCUGGGGAAUUACGUAUCGAAGCUUUUAUAGAUGAAAAUUCGGAGAAAAAAUUGAUUGCCAAUAUUUAUAAGGUAGAACUGACGAUUAAAGAAAUACCUAAUAAAGUGUUUGUGAUCAAAGAUGACAGUUCAUUUGUGCCAAAUAUAUCAUAGUUAGAUUUUUUGUAUAUUAAUUAUAAAAAAUUACUCUAAUGUAAUCAAUAUUUGUUUAUGUAUAUAAAAAAAAAAGGACAUGUAUGUUCGCAUUAAAAUAGAUAUUUAUUUCCAUGUUA